AUGCCCAAAAAGAAGGACAAGAAAAGCGGCGAAAAACAAGAUGAAGCCAAAAAAACACAGAAAAAGGAAAGUCCAGCUGCUCCUGCAGAUAAAACCGGGUCUGGCGAUAAAGAGAAGGAUUUAUAUUUGACUCAAAUACGAUUUCUGAACGAGCAGGUGGAGAGAUAUCAGCUGAAAUGUGACCAACUGGAGAGGCAGAGGAAGGAUUUAAACUCUCAGUACAGUUCACUGGAGAAGGAGAAGAAGGACAUUGUUGAUUAUCUGAAACGCUCCCUGCUGGAAAGGGAGGAUGAGGUGAACGAGCUAACGGAGGAGCUGGAGAGUCAUCGGCAGGCUGCUGAUAAGGACAGAGACGCUCUGCAGCUGCAGCACAGUCAGCUGAGACAAGAGCUUCAAGACCGGAUCGAAGAAGUCAACGCAGAAAACACAACACUUGCGGCCAGGCUGGCUGGUCUGGAGGAGUUUCAGAAGCAGAAGGAGCAGCUGAUGUCCGACAUGGAGUCGCUGAGGAAACAGCUGGCCAGUCAGGAGGAGGAACACAAAGCUGCCCUCCACAGCCUGGAGAUGAAAGCACUGCUGGAGAAGAAGAGGUUGGAAAAGGAGAUGGAGAGCCACGUGGCGGCCAUGGCAGCAGAGGUGCAGCACCUGGUGGACCAGAAGGUCCCAGAGACGACCAGGUCGGCCCUCCAGGAAAACAAAGAGGUUAAGACCCAGAUCAGCCAGCUGGCGGAGCAGACUCAGGUACUGAUGGAGGAGAACUCUGCGCUGCGGAGCCGCAAGAGUCGGCUCAGUGUGGAUGUGGACAUCCUGGAGCAAAUGCUCAGCGAGACGUCCCGCAAGAGCUGCGUCCGCAAGAAGGUGGUGGAGCAGCUCACAGAAAAGUGUCAGCAGCUGCAGGCGGAGCUGAAAGACUGCAGGCAAGAACUGGAACAGCUUCAGACCAAACACACAGCAGUCCUGGCCGAGAUGGAGGCACACAGACAGGACCGGGUCUCGCUGUCUGAGCAGUGCAGUAAUAACAGAGCUGAGCUGAGCCGGUUGGAGGCGGAGCUGCAGGAGGAGAGGAGGAGGAGGAGCAAGAUGAAGAGCAUCAUGCAGGAGGCAGCUGUCACUCUCAGAGAAGCCCUGAUGGACGCAUCGACAGAUCAGGACUCAGAGGUGGACUCCGUGGUCCAGUGGAAGAGGCUGAUGGAGAAGCUGCUGGUGGUCUUGGACCGGCCCCAACUCACCAAGUCCACUGCUGAGAAGGACCGGCUGGAUGAGCCGCAGACCUCUGACCCUGCAGCAGACAGAGAAUUAAUCCUGAAUCCAAGUUUGAGUUUCCAGUUUGAGUUGGCUCGUUACAGACCCGGCGAUCUCGGCUUUGUCCCUCGUCCCUCAGUGAAACACAAACGCACGCUCUCAGGGAGGACGGGAGCAGCUGGGACCAGCAGCACUAAUCUGUCUCUGCACAGGAAGCCGUCCAGUCAGAAAACAGCCAGCUUUAUUAACUGAUCUGAUUCGGCUGUCGGACUUUUGACCUCCAGAAACUUCCCUAAACCGAGAUAGCAGCAGCAAAACUAACUUCAUAUUCAUGUUAGAGAAAACACUUCAUAUCUCCAAAUUAGAGAGUCUACUCCGUGGAUAUUUUGACCUUCGAGUGCCCAAAAUGUAUGUUUUUUUGUGUUAUAAAUGUCUUUGUUGAAGGGCUAAAAGUUUCAAAUAAUCAUGAAUGCUUGAAUUUAAUGCAGCAGUCGACCAAGAGGAGAAAAUUUCAAGAAUCAAUUUGGCAAACAACAAAAUUAUACAGCAUGCACCAUUACAGUAAAAUCAUGACUAUUUUCACUGAAACUGUGAUUGUGAUAAAACUCACAGUUAUAGUGGGAAUGGUAAUCUUUACAUCUUAUUCUCACUGAAAAAAAAGAUGAUAUUUUUGCUGCCGUCUGUACCAACAAGCAUGUUCCCUUACAGCUGGAAAAUGAUUUGUAGGCUGAGGCGUCUCUGUAAUACCACAAUGCUUCAGUUAUAAUGGUAUGUUGUCACACAUAGUAGAUUAAUAAAAAAAUGCAGCUCCUGUGAUUUGGAUUUUGCACUU